AUGACUGCUCUUCUUGCGAAAGAGACUGCAGAAGAAAGAAAAAAGAGAUUUCUUCUCCAGGACAAAGUAAAGGAUGAAAGGGCCAAAGAUUCGGCAGACGUGGCGACAAGAUUCAAGUAUCUACUGAAGCUGACAGAUUUGUUUAGGCAAUUCAUAGACUUAAGUGCAGUGAAGGAUAAAAGCGUGAUUAGACUGGUUCGUCAGAUCGAUCGCCGAAAUGCCUCAAAGAAGAGUUCUGUAGGAAGUUCAAGAACAAGAAGAAGUGAAAAGGAAGAGGAUGAAGAAUUGAUGGCUGAUGAAGAGGAUGAGGGUGAUGCUUGUACUGUUCUUACCGAAUCGCCAAGUUAUAUUCACGGUACUCUUCGUGAUUAUCAAAUUGCUGGUUUAAACUGGCUGAUCUCCUUGUAUGAAAACAGACUCUCGGGUAUUUUGGCAGAUGAAAUGGGCCUUGGUAAAACUUUACAGACCAUAUCAUUUCUUGGUUGGCUAAGGUACUACAGAGGAAUCGAUGGACCAUUUCUUAUUAUUGUUCCAAAAUCUACACUUGAUAAUUGGAGGCGUGAGUUCAAUAAAUGGACGCCCGACGUGAAUGUUUUGGUUUUACAAGGUAAUAAAGAGGAAAGAGAAGAUUUGAUCAAAGAUAAGUUGAUGCAAUGUAACUUUGAUGCUUGUGUCACCUCAUAUGAAAUGGUUAUUCGUGAGAAAUCCAAGUUAGGUAAGUUCAGGUGGGAAUAUAUCAUUAUUGAUGAAGCCCAUCGGAUCAAGAAUGAACAAAGUUCUCUUUCACAAAUCAUCCGUGUUUUCUAUUCUAGAAAUAGACUAUUGAUCACAGGAACUCCACUACAAAAUAAUUUGCAUGAACUAUGGGCCUUACUCAACUUUUUACUUCCUGAUGUUUUUGGCGAUGAUCAACUAUUUGAUGAGUGGUUUGAAAGUGAAGGACAAACAAAUCAGGAUGAUCUUGUCAAGCAACUCCACAAAAUUUUAUCUCCGUUUCUUUUACGAAGAGUGAAAUCAGAUGUCGAGACUUCCCUUUUGCCAAAAAAGGAGCUGAAUGUUUAUGUUGGAAUGACUGCAAUGCAAAUAAAGUGGUACAGGAAGCUUUUAGAGAAAGAUAUUGAUGCAGUCAAUGGUGUUUUGGGAAAAAGAGAAGGUAAAACACGUUUGCUUAACAUUAUGAUGCAGCUAAGGAAGUGUUGUAAUCAUCCAUAUCUUUUUGAGGGUGCAGAACCUGGUCCACCAUAUACUACUGAUGAACAUUUGGUUUAUAACUCCGGAAAAAUGAUUGUUUUAGAUAAACUUUUAAAGAAGAUGAAGAGUGAAGGUUCUAGGGUAUUAAUAUUCUCGCAGAUGAGUCGUCUUUUGGAUAUUCUGGAAGAUUAUUGUUAUUUCAGAGGUUACAACUACUGCCGAAUAGACGGAUCUACUCCACAUGAAGAAAGGAUUAAAGCCAUUGAUGAUUAUAACAGUCCCAACUCCGAUAAGUUUAUCUUCUUAUUAACCACUAGAGCCGGUGGAUUAGGAAUUAAUUUAACAACUGCUGAUAUUGUCGUUUUAUAUGAUUCUGAUUGGAAUCCACAAGCUGAUCUUCAAGCUAUGGAUCGAGCUCAUCGUAUUGGCCAAAAAAAGCAAGUUAAAGUUUUCCGACUGGUGACUGAAAAUGCUAUUGAAGAAAAAGUUUUGGAGAGAGCCACGCAGAAAUUAAGACUCGAUCAGUUGGUUAUUCAACAGGGAAGAUCUAGCUUUAACCAGUCAAAUAAUAAGAUUGGAAACUCAAAGGAGGAGUUGUUGCAAAUGAUUCAGCAUGGAGCACAGAAAGUGUUUGAUGAAAAUGGAGAGGAUUCGCCUGAUUUAAAUGAUGAUAUAGACAAAAUUUUGAGCAGGGGAGCUGAAAGAACAAAGAAAUUGAAUAGUAAGUUUGCUAGUUUAGGUCUUGAUGAUUUGCAAAACUUUACUUCAGACCAAUCCGCAUACGAGUGGAAUGGUGAAAACUUUGCCAAGAAAAAGCAUCAGCAAUUAAAUGUUUGGAUACAUCCGGCUAAGAGACAGAGAAAAGAACAUCAAUAUUCUGUGGAUGGAUAUUAUAGGGAUGUUAUGCAACAAAUAAGGGGAUCUCCCGCAACAAGGAGUGUCGGAGGACGUGCUCCAAAGCAAUACAUAUUGCACGAUUUUCAGUUUUAUUCACAAGAAUUGAAGGAUUUGCUUGAACGUGAACAACUUGCUUACAAAAGGAAGAUUGGAUAUAAAGUUCCUCUUACGGAAAAGCUGCUGAAGGAAGGAGGUGACAAAGAUAAAGAGGAUAAGGAAAGUGAGACAUUAACAAGAUCGGAAAAGAGAAAAUUGAUGAAGAGGUUGCAAAAAGUAGAGCAGAAGAAGAUUGAUACUGCGGUGGCGCUAAACAAAAAAGAUCUCGAAAGGAAGGCAGAGCUUUUACAGCAAGGAUUUGGAGAUUGGAACAAGAGAGAUUUUAUGAACUUUAUUCAUGGCUGCGCACGUUAUGGACCUAAGAGUUAUAAACACAUUGCUGGAGAUUUUAAGGAUAAAGAUGUGGAUGAAAUUAAGCGGUAUGCCGUUGUUUUCUGGGAAAGAUAUAAGGAGAUAGAUGGAUUUGAAAGGUAUAUGAAUCAAAUAGAGCAAGGAGAGAAGAAGCUCAAAAAGAUCAGAAUUCAGGAACAAAUCCUUAAGGAAAAAAUUCGAUCACUGAAGUACCCAAUGGAAGAACUGACAAUCCAGUACCCACCGAACAAUUCUAAAAGACUUUACACACUCUCAGAAGAUCGAUUCUUGCUUUUGAAGGUUUACGAGCACGGACUGACAAACAGAAAUUUAUAUUCUCUGAUUAAGGCUGACAUUUCCAGGGAGAAAACGCUUCGAUUUUCGUUUUACUUGAAGUCAAGAACUGCAGGUGAGCUUAGCAGAAGGAUAAGCACUCUUUUGUUAGCUUUAACUAGAGAGGUUGAAGGCCCUGAAGCUUUUAAAAGGAAACUGAACAGAAGACCAAAAAGUCACAGUAGUGUUAGCAGCAGCCGGCAAAGCUCAAUAGAGCCAACAAAUGGUAAGCACAAACUUGAGAUGGUUGAGAAUACCUCCCCAGAGGAAGUAAAGAAGGUAAAAGUGGAGGCAUAG